UGCUACCAAUGAGUCAGCAUCCGAGCAGAGCUGCGGGUCAAAUAAUCCCUGCUUAUUUAUCAAUGCAUUUAUUUCUCACCUGAUGAAGCAGGCUGCAUUUUUAUUUAGCAUUUAGAUCUUUUUAAAUCUGCGGUUAAUUUGUUUCUAAACGCACCAUGGAUCAGUUUCGUGGUUUAUUUGCUAAACUGGAUCAAAACGAGGAUGGAUUCAUAUCAGUGUCGGAGCUCCAGGACGAAAUGAGGAAGCAUGGGAUCCUGUCAGUGGAUGGAAAGGUCCAGAAUAUCAUUGAGUCUUAUGACAAAAACAAAGAUGGCCUGUUGGAUUAUAAAGAGUUCCUCAGCUACAUGAUGGACAGAGAGAAGAAAUGGAAAAUUUACUUUCAUGACCUUGAUAAGAACAAGUGUGGAGUGAUUGACCAGGAGGACAUCAUAUGUUUGUUUAAGGAGUUAGGAGUGGUCAUAUCAAAGCCGAAUGCAAAAAAAAUAAUUCAAAUCAGGAUGGAUAAGGACAGCUCGAUGACGGUGGACUGGGGCGAGUUUCUGCACCAUGUCAUCCUCAACCCUGUGGACAACAUCGGGGAGCUGGUGUCGUCAUGGAAACACAAUCUGGUUUUCGAUGUGGGCGAGAGUCGUGCGAUGCCCAUCGAGUUCCCCGAAGAGGCGUCGGGUUUGGGUGCGUGGAGGACGUUUGUUCUUGCAGCAGGUCUGGCAGACGCUGUAUCCCGAUCUGUGACGGCCCCCAUCGACCGCCUUAAGACCCAACUCCAGGUUCAUGGAUCCAAAGCCUUCUCCCAAGGCUUUCAGGAGAUGAGGGCAGGUGGUCUGCGCUCGAUGUGGCAAGGCAACGCCGUCAACGUGCUGAAAGGAACACCGCAGUCAACGCUCCAGUGUCUCAUCUACGCCCAGAUGAAGGUGUACACGCAGAACAGCACGCAGCAGACUCUGACGGUGCAGCAGCGCUUCGGCUUGGGUUGUGUGUCGGGUGCCGUCGCUCACGCUGCCUUCUACCCUUUAGAGGUGCUGAAGGUGAGGUUGAACCUGCAGCAGGCUGGCACCUACCAUGGUGUUGUGGCAUGCGCUCGAUCUAUUUACAGACACGAGUCUUUGUCCUCCUUUUACAGAGGAUUCAAGCCGAGCAUACUCUGCAUGAUCCCUUACGCAGGCGUGGAGUGUGCAGUUCAUCAGUCCAUCAUGAACUGGGCAAAGAGUGAUCCAGCCUACAACAGUGACUCCAAACUGUUUUUCUUCAGUUUUGUGGCUUUUGCUUCUGGACAAAUGAUCAGUUACCCACUGGCAGUGAUCCGGACUCAGCAGCAAGCACAAGCUUUCAGCUCAGAUUCACGUCCAGCUUCAGGUGUAUUACAGGGACUUAUCGGGAUAUAUGAAAGACGAGGAAUUAGAGGAUAUUAUAACGGCAUGGGAGCCAGCUUCGUCAGGGCUAUUCCAUGCGCUCUGAUAAACUACACUUUAACUAGACAUUUUGAAAAUCUGGUUUCCUCAACGGGGUCCUGAUAUUUAGCAAAGAUGGUUCUCACUCACACAAAUGAAACAAAAACUGUGAACUCUUAUUAAUCUUAACUGAAUGUACAAAAAUAACUGGAAUCCUGGAACAAUCGCUGAAUACCAUAGACUGUGUAUAUAAGCUUUUUUAAAAGCUUAAGACAUGGUGAAGGGUUUAAAUGCGGUUGACUUGAAGUUCACAAUGAGACAAAGUGUAAUAAUUUCCCACUUGAUAUUGGGCUGUGUUACUGUGUUGAAGGGUAAACUGUAGAAUAAAAUGUUUUUUCAUA